GGUGGCCAUGGGUGCCAGGUGGAGCUGAAAGCAGUAGGGCAUGGCUGUAGCCCUGCAGGUCCUGUCCCGCUUGGCCCGAGCCCCAUCACGCCCACUCCUCUGGGGGGGCCCAGGGGCACGGCUGGCCAGUGGCAUGGCCUUGGCAGAGCAGGCUCGGAAGCUGUUUGAGAGCACUGUUGGUGCCGUGCUGCCUGGCCCCAUGAUGCACCGGGCACUGUCCUUGGACCCUGGCAGUGGGCAGCUGAAGGUGCGAGAUCGGAGCUUUCAACUGCGACAAAACCUCUAUCUGGUGGGCUUCGGCAAGGCCGUGCUGGGCAUGGCAGCUGCAGCUGAGGAGCUACUGGGCCAGCACCUGGUGCAGGGAGUGAUCAGCGUUCCCAAGGGGAUCCGUGCUGCCAUAGAGUGCAGUGGCAAGCAGGAGAUGCUACUGAAGCCACACAGCCGUAUCCAGGUGUUUGAGGGUGCGGAGGACAACCUGCCGGACCGUGACUCACUGCGGGCUGCAUUAGCUAUCCGGCAGGUGGCUGAAGGUCUGACAGCUGAUGACCUGCUGCUCGUGCUCAUCUCAGGUGGGGGCUCUGCCCUGCUGCCUGCCCCCAUUCCACCUGUCACACUGGAGGAGAAGCAGACACUCACCAAGCUGCUGGCAGCCCGUGGAGCCACCAUCCAGGAGCUGAACACCAUCCGGAAGGCCCUGUCCCAGCUCAAGGGUGGGGGGCUGGCUCAGGCUGCCUACCCUGCCCAGGUGGUAAGCCUGAUUCUGUCAGAUGUGGUGGGAGACCCUGUGGAGGUGAUUGCCAGUGGCCCCACCGUGGCCAGCGUCCACAAUGUGCAAGAUUGCCUGCACAUCCUUAACCGCUAUGGCCUCCGUGCUGCCCUGCCACGUUCUGUGAAAACUGUGCUGGCUCGGGCUGACUCUGACCCUCAUGGGCCACACACCUGUGGUCAUGUCCUCAAUGUGAUCAUUGGCUCCAAUGCGCUCGCACUGGCCGAGGCCCGGCGGCAGGCUGAGGCGCUGGGAUACCAGGCAGUGGUGCUGAGUGCAGCCAUGCAGGGUGACGUGAAAAGUGUGGCCAAGUUCUACGGGCUGCUGGCCCAAGUGGCUGGAGCCCACCUCAUUCCAUUCGGCACUGGAACCUCUGUGGAGGAUGCACUUCAUGAACAGGCGGCCGCACUCCAGCUACCAGACCUGCAGCUGAAGGAGGCUCUGGAGGCCGUGGCGGGGGCUAAGGGCCCCAUCUGCCUGCUGGCUGGUGGCGAGCCCACAGUGCAGUUGCAGGGCUCGGGCAAGGGUGGUCGGAAUCAGGAAUUGGCACUGCGUGUUGGAGCAGAGCUGGGACAGUGGCCACUGGGGCCUAUUGAUGUGCUGUUCUUGAGUGGUGGCACUGAUGGGAAGGAUGGACCCACAGAGGCAGCCGGGGCCUGGGUUACGCCUGAGCUUGCCAAGCAGGCCACUGCUGAGGGCCUGGAUGUGGCCACCUUCCUAGCCCACAAUGACUCACAUACCUUCUUCCACCGUUUCCAGGGUGGGGCCCACCUGCUGUACACAGGGCUGACAGGCACCAAUGUCAUGGAUGUCCACUUCCUGUUCCUGCAGCCGCGGUGAUGGCAUAGGUCAUGUUUUGGGAGUCCAGAGGAAGCCUAUAGCACAGGGUCCCAGAGCAGACCAGGGUUGGUCCCUAGGGCCUCAUCAGGCCUUAGGGCCCCCUUUUCUUGGCCCUGGCUGCAUGGUUGGCCCUUGUACCUCCCACCCAGAGCCUCUGCUUCAUGUCCAUUCCCCCAACCAGAGUGGCAUGGUGUUUCUCGUCCACUCCUAUGUUCAGCCUUGGCAGCAGGUACCCCUGAGGACCAGGACAAUUCUGUUGGCCAGUUCGCUGUCCCGGUAUUCCCAUUGCUGAGCUCCUGAGCCUGUUCUAUUCUGUUGGUGAAACAAGAAGGACCGAAAAUAAA